UGUAAAAUUCUAUACAGGCAAAACUGCGGACACCUAAGAUGACGCAAUCUCCGCGCGAGGUGGGGCGGGGCUCCGCGAGGACCUCACCCUGGAGACAUCACCUGGGAAGCGGAAGCCGUCUGUAGAGAGGUGGAGGGUGAGGGUGACGGUGUUUCGGACAAGACCUGAAAGGGAAGGGAUCUCCUCAGAGUCACAGAGUAAUUGGUAGAGUUGGUCAGGAACCUAAGCCUGUAACUGAAGAGACCAGAGGUCUUUCUGUUAGACUUCUUGGGAAGAGACGGUAAGUUCUUCGCAAAUUAUCUUGUAGAAAAAAUGCCCAAAGUGAAAAGGAGUCGGAAAGCUCCCCCAGAUGGUUGGGAGUUGAUCGAACCAACACUGGAUGAAUUAGAUCAGAAGAUGAGAGAAGCUGAAACAGAACCUCACGAGGGAAAGAGGAAAGUGGAAUCUCUGUGGCCUAUCUUCAGGAUCCAUCACCAAAAAACGCGGUAUAUUUUUGACCUCUUUUACAAGAGGAAAGCCAUAAGCAGAGAACUCUACGAAUAUUGCAUUAAAGAAGGCUACGCAGAUAAAAAUCUGAUAGCAAAAUGGAAGAAGCAGGGCUAUGAGAACUUAUGCUGUCUGCGCUGCAUUCAGACCCGGGACACCAAUUUUGGAACAAACUGCAUUUGCCGGGUCCCCAAAAGCAAGCUGGAAGUGGGCCGAAUCAUCGAGUGCACACACUGCGGCUGCCGGGGCUGCUCCGGCUGAGGCCCUCAGGCCCUGACCCCUCCACCCUGAACUUUGGACUUCAUGGGUUUCUGCCUGUCGCGCCACCCCCUUUCCUGGGAGCAGCUCUUCUCGCAGAGCAGUGCUCCUGGUCUGAGUUGGAGCACGGUCUCUACGUGUAAAGGCUUUGGUGUUUCUCAGCUGUGAUUUGUAGAAAUAAAAUUUUUAAACCUUC